CAAGGUCACUCGGGGGGUAUAAAGGAAGCCGGGAGUGGCGUCGGGGAGUCACUCCUUGUCCUGAUUCUACUGCGCCAUGAAGGUCUUGCUGCUCGUCGCUCUGGGUCUGGUCGCCCUGGCCGCCGCCCGACCCUCUGACAUCAUCGACAUCGAGCAGGACCACAUGGAGCACGAGCAGGAGGGCAUCCCGGGAACGGCCGUGGAGGGCGAGUACUCGUGGGUAGCGCCCGACGGCAACGAAUACGUCGUCAAGUACGUCGCCGACCACAACGGGUACCGCGUCGUCGAGGACAACGUCGUGCCCAAGGUUCGCAGCGACUUGCCUGAGGCUGAGGAGGACGAGGAGGCGGAGGAAGACGAGGAGGACGCCCCUGCGUUCAGAGCCGCUGAGCUCGAGGAGGACGAGGAUGACGAGGAGGGAGCUGAGGAUGACGAUGAAUAGAUUAUUCGAAAAUAACAACAAAAACGUAUCUAGUUCUUAAGUUCUAUGUAUGAGAGAUUGUACGAUUUGAAGUUAUUUUAGUUAUAUUUCUUCAGUCGAGGAAAGGUAUGCAUGAAAAAAGAAUAUAUAAAAAAAUAAUUUCUUUUCAUAAAAUGAAAAUUAUUCAAAAAUCGUAUAAAGAGGCUAUUUGUGUGUAUUUGAAAGCAAGAUGAAAUAAUUUCAAAAAUUAUUACGAAGCGAUUGUAAAGUGUCCUCAUAAAACACGUACAAGUAAAAGCUUUAUAAUGAGUGAAAUCCAAACCUAUGAUUUGGAUUUCGCUACUAAUAAAAAUGAAUAUUCA